UGACGAUUGACGAACAGCCCUAAACGAAUUUUACUUUCUUCAUUCUUGCCGACUGGCUACUGCCACCGCUCGUAGCAAUCUCAUAAGUUGGUUCUUAAUUAGUAAUUACAAUACCGUUUUAAUUAUAAAUAUAUAUACAUGAUAUAACGUUGUCCUGAGUAAUUAUAUGUUUAAUUGUGAACACUGGGACACUGGUUAACCGCUCCUUGUCAGGCAUGUGGAAUUAAUUAUUGGAGGCAUUUGUUGAUUUGUGUAUUCCAAUUAUCAGCACCGGGAUGAUGGUUUUCCAAACGAAAACUGGAGUUCUAUGUUCGCAUUAAAUAAACGCGAGGUUAUAACCAUUAAACAAUAAAUAUAAGUUAUAAAUUUGAAGUAAACUUCUAGUCUAAAAUGCAAGACUUUACAAGUGAUUCAAAUACCCAGCAAAGCACAGUUUCAUUGGCUUUUCUUCGUUUAUCUCAGAAACUUCAAAAAUUUCUUGAUGACAUCACACCAUUUCGAACAGCCAGAUGGAUAGGAGCACUUGUAUUUAUUCUUUUAUUUAUGAUAAGAAUAAUAAUGCUACAGGGAUGGUAUAUAAUUACGUAUGCAUUAGGUAUAUACCAUUUAAAUUUAUUCAUUGCAUUCCUUACACCAAAAAUAGAUCCAGCUAUGGAUGAGUUUGAAGAUGAUUCUGGUCCAUCGUUGCCAACACGAGCAAAUGAAGAAUUCAGACCAUUUAUUCGCCGAUUACCUGAAUUUAAAUUUUGGUAUUCGGUAAUAAAAUCUACAUUGUUGUCAAUAUUUUUGACAUUUUUCCAAUUCUUUGACGUUCCUGUAUUUUGGCCUAUUCUUGUCUUAUACUUUAUUGUUCUAUUUUGUAUAACAAUGAAACGCCAAAUAAUGCAUAUGAUCAGAUACAGAUAUUUACCAUUCACUCACAGUAAGCCCAAAUAUCAAGGUCAUGAUGAGAGUGGAAAGGUGAUUAGAGCUAAAUGAUUAUUAAAUGGUGAGGAGCUAUCUCUAAUUCCAGAAAAAUUGGUACCAGUUGUCACUCAAAAUGUAACGUGAUCAGAUAUUUUAUGUCUGUCUAAUUAAUUUUGUUUUUAUUGUACACAGAUAUUAUAUUAUAAUAAUUAACUUAAAGGUAAAACUAAAAUGUUAAUAUUAUAUUCAGUUACUUGAACCCAAAUAAUAGAUAAUUGGGCUAUUAAUAUUUUUUUGUUAUAAUAAAGUUAUAAUAUUUAGUAGAAAUAAUUAUUAGAUGAUCAUAAUUGAAAUAUUUGAAUUUUCUUAUUAUUAUUUUUUUUUUUUACAUCUAAUAUGUAACUGUGCAAAAGUUCAAAUAUAAAUAUUGUUGGACAUAAAUCAAAAAUUUUUUUUUAGUGUGCACUUACAUAAUGGGGUAAUACAAUAUUAAUUUUAUAAACAAACUUCAGUUUUUGUAAUAUAAAUAUUUUCGUUUGGAAACAUUUAAAUACAACAUAAUAUAUAA